AUGUCAUCUUCUGAAAUUGCGGUGAAGCGACUGCGGCGGCAGUGGGAGCCGGAGGAAAAGACGUGGAACGACGAGGUGUUGGAGGUGCCAUGGGAGGAGUUGACUCCCCCGCUGCACAAGUCCACCGUCUUUGCACUGAAGAAUGUCUUUUUCUUCUCCCACGCCACCUCUGUGCAGGCCCGCGCCAUUAGUUUUCUCCGCACAUCGGGCAACAGUGCGGUGUUGGAGGCACCGACAGGCAGUGGGAAGACGCUGGCCGUGCUGAUUCCACUGAUUGAGCGCACCGUGCGCGCAUGCGAUGCAUACGUGGCCGAACACGGUCGUCCUCUUUUACGCCGAGAUAUCGUGGGUGUUAUUUUGUCCCCGUCACGUGUGUUGGCGGAGCAAACCUUCGUCGUUGGGCGCAACCUUGUCUCUCGCCUUCCACAAAACAUACGCUUUGUCUUGUGCGAUGGGGCCGUGCAGCCUGUCCAUGCCGUCCUGGAUGGGCUAAAAAAAGCAGCUCGUGGUGCCGGAAAUUUCCUCGUCACGACACCCCAUGACCUUUCAGAGUUUCUUGCCGUAUGGGAACAGGAACGGGCGGCGAGUGCGGUGUCGGAUGAAAUGCAGGAGUUGUUGGCCACACAGGAUGAGGAGACACGGCGGCGCUACUAUGAGAAGCGGGGCGGCAUGCAGUCAGUGAGCGGGGACACGGGGAAUGCGGUUCAAUUGCGUGGAUGCCACAGUGAGCGGUUUGCGUUUGUCGUGGACGAGGCGGAUCUUGUCUUCCACUCACCGGAGAUGCGGGGGGCUGUAACACGAUUCCUGGACACAUACGCCGGGAUGGAGGAGCCGCCUCAAAAGCGACACAAAUUCGCUCCUUACAAAUCGUCUCCUUCCGGUCAAAUUGUGACGGACGUGGCGUUUGUUGGGGCGACAGUCUCCACCUCUCAGGAGCUGCGAGCGUACGCCGCUCACAUCCAAGCGACGCUUGGAACGCAGAUGCACACCAUCGUACUGAAUAGCUCGCAGGAUUUUGUUACACAGUUGCAGAAUCGCUACAUGAUGUGCGAAGCGCACGAAUUUCUUCCCCUUUUGGUUCAACUGAUGAAUCUCCAUGCGUCGAAGAAGCACUUUAUUUUUUUUAACAGCCCCAAAACGUUGAAAUUUGUGGAAAAACUAUUUGGUAGCCUUAUGAAAAGCGAGUCCCCACUUCUGUACAUCAAACACACGUUUGUGAUGUACGAGGGUAUGAAUGAGCGGGCGCGGCUUGAGCAGUACAACGCGUUUUUAAAUCAUGGGACGAAUGCACAGGAGUUGGCCACAAAAAAGACACAACCCCCGCCUCACGCUGCGACGGAGAAGAAGAAUCAAGUGUAUAGUGGUGGUUGGAAGCGGGACGGACGACCACCGGAUGGGAAAGGUGCAAUUCUUCUCUGCACAGAUAUCGCAGCGUUUGGGUUGGAUGUGCGUGACGUGGAUUAUGUCUACCACUUUGAACCACCAGCAACCGUACAGUCUUAUGUGCAUCGCAUUGGUCGAGUCGGACGUAUGGGAAUGCGUGGAAGCAGUAUUCUUCUCUUGCCAUGUUUCAGCAACGAGAGUUCAUUGGCUUCUGCACGGGAGCGUAAGACAACAAGCACUCGCUUUAACACCAUUGCCAACACGAAGUUUUCAACAUCUGAGCUGCAGUCUGUGCAUAUGACAUUGGAUGAUCUUGGCAAGGAGCAACGCUGUUACAUUGAGGACUUGGGCAAACGCAGCGAAUUACAACCGUACUCAAUUCCUCCUUUUGCGCCUAUCACAUCCACUAUUCGUAAUAUUAUUUCACAGCAAAAAAAUCUUUUGAAGUUGGCAGAAAUUGCCGCCAUGUCCAUGUGUACCGUCCCAGAGAAUGCGGAGAAGGCAAAGGCCUGGUUUUACCCCAAACUGGCACUAUGCGCUCUUCUACUCGAUUAA